AUGUACGAGUACAGCGGCCGCGACGACACCAUGCGCGCCACCAAGGACAAUCUUUUCUCCGACGCCUUGGACAAGCGGCACCGGGUUCUGAUCAAGAUCCCGCGCGACAUCCGCACUCAUCUCGAAGCCCUCGAGGAGAAGGACCUGGGGACCCUGACUCGGAUCCCGCACACCGGCACCACUAGCCCGGAAGCCGCAUCGGACGCGGAGAUUCCUGAGGGUCCUCCCCCCACCAAGCGGAAGAGAGGCGCAACCUCCGGGUCGGCGCCCAAGCGUGCACGCGAGACUCUCAGCGCCGCAGCCACCAAGAAGGCCGAGAAAGAAAAACAAUGUCUUAAAGAAAAUUAUACCAGCAAAAACUCGCAAGCCAACAUCGAACAGUUCUUCCUUAAAUCCGGCAAAAGUACCAAAAGCAAGCCCCCCAAGAAGAAGUCCAAGCCCUCGCCUGCCACAAUGCCUAUUACGCCGGAAGUGGAGGUUCCGCCUAAGUUCUCCUCCUCUGUAGCUCCGAAUCCGAAGGAUGUCAUCCAUAUUGAUGAUAUUCCGGCAGAACCAGCUGCAGAUUCCGGCAAAGGCGCCUCCUCAUCCAAGCCUCCACCUGAAGAGCCCGAAACCACCUCGGCUGAAGCUACGAACACUCGUAAACUGCAUGAAGAUCUGCGUACGCUGGUGCUGGAGCAGAAGCAGGAGAUCGAGAGGUUGUAUAAGAAGGAGGCGGAAGACCAGCAGGCAAUCGCCAUCCUUGAAACUCGUUUGAAAAACAACGAGGAACAACUUGCCAAGCGACCCUCCAUCGACUCCAUCUCCGCCGAGCUUGAAGUGCUAAAGACCGAGCAUUCCUCCCUCGAAAAGUUCCUCAAGGAGUCAUCAUAA